CCAAGAACGCCAAAGCGGCUGCCCGCGGCUCCGGUCAGCCCGGCCCAGACACGUUCUCCGAUGUUCGCGCGCACGGACGGAAUGGCGUCACCUACGAGAGGGUUGCGAGAACCGAGCCGAUCCUGGCACCUACCUUCGACGCGGCCUUCGCUCGCUUGCGCAAUCUUUUAGGUGAAAAGAUCCAGUCCAUUUUACAAGAUUCGAAAAUUCGCGCCAGUUUGCUCGAUAGCUCGCAGUCGCUUCUCGGAGAAUGCCUGCCGACUUCUCGCCUCUAUCUCUGUCUACCGAUCUUAGCGAGCAUUAGCGAGAGGUUAUGUGUCGUGGAUCCGAUUCGGUCAGGAAUCAGUUUGUCUUUUCUCUGUAAUUGGGGAUCGACAAUUGUUAGGAAAUUGGCAGAACAUGGCGAACACCGUUAAGCACGGAACCGAGUUGGCGUUAUCGAUGCUGAGGUCGCUGCCCAGAGUGUGUCUUUCAAAUAUUCGAGAUAAUCCAGGAUCAAAGAUCACCAGAAAAAGAGGAAGAGGUCAACACAGAGGGGACAAGCACGGUGCUGGAAACAAGUCCGGUCAGCGUCAAAAUUAUAUGCGACCUGGAUACGAGACCGGGAAUACUCCUUUCUAUCUUAGAUUUGGUUACGAGCCUUAUUAUAAAGGACAUCACUUAAGGAGAGAGUAUCCUCCCAUGUCUUUACGAAACUUGCAAAUGAUGAUCGAUACAAAUCGUUUGGAUAUUAGUAAACCGAUCGACUUAACCGCGAUAGUACAAACAGGAUUGUACGAAAUAUUACCCGACCAGCGACAAGCUGGUAUUCAUUUAACCGACGAGGGUGAAGAUUUGUUUAAAGCAAAAAUUAACAUAGAGGUUCAAUGGGCAACCGAACCAGUAAUUGCAGCUAUCGAAAGAAAUGGAGGUGUCAUUUCAACGGCGUAUUACGACGCACAUUCUCUGUGUGCCGUUAUCAAUCCUGAAAAGUGGUUUAAGAAAGGUGAGCCAAUACCAAGAAGAUUAUUACCACCGAUGGAUUGUUUAGAAUUUUACUCGAGUGCUGCAACUCGAGGUUACUUAGCCGAUCCAGAAAAGGUCUCUCAGGAAAGAUUUAUCUUAUCUCAGAAGUAUGGAUAUUUUCUUCCAAAAAUUGAAGAUGACCCUGAUUAUGAAAUGUUGAUUAAACGGAAAGAUCCACGUCAAAUUUUCUUUGGUCUCGAGCCAGGUUGGGUAGUCAGCCUCAAGGAUAAAGCAAUUUUUAAGCCAAAGGCUGAAUAUCUCAAAGAAUUUUAUGCGAGUUAAUUGAUAUGUAUAAAAGGGACAAUAAAUUAUAUAACUUCUCCCAUAUACAGUUUACAUUAUAAUUAAAUCUGUAGUAAAUAUAAAAUUGUUUAAUAAAGUGCUUUCCUGAGUA